AUGCUCGCCACUCCCCGCCUCGUCCAGCGUGGGCGUCUACUGCCGGUGGCGGGCGUGCUGGUUGUGGUGUUGCUGGUUGCGUUUGUGCGCUACCGACGGCCCUGGCCCCAGUCGUCGUGGUCCCGGUCGUGGCCGCAGAAGCCAUCCUUUCAGCGGGUGCGCCCGUCCCCGCAGGACGCGAUUGAUACACAGAGACAGGGACAUGGUGUCACUAGCGACUGCCAGUCUGGUGUGGCCCACUUGGACCUGGACAAUGGCGUUCCCGAUCUGACUGCGGCCUUCCGGUACAGCCGGCGCUGUGUGCGGCCUGUGUUUCGGGCCCAGAAAACGUCGGCCAACCCGACAGCCCGUCGUCCGCCGACGCCCAUGCCAGGACGACUCAUCCCGGCGCAGGCGGACAUGGUGAUGGUGAACCGAACGGCGCUUGGCACCACGUGCAGCCGGCCGCUGCCUGCCUGCGAGACGCUUGAGCUCGAGGUGCCUCUGCCGUAUCCGACGGCAUCCACAGCCAACUACUCGCACUUGCUGUUUGGCGUCGCAUCGUCUUCGGAGCGCAUGAUGAAGGCCCUGGACGGGUUCACACACUGGCUCGGCGGGACGGGGGCGCAGCUGGUGGCGAUUGUGCAAGACGCGGACGGGGGCGGCGCGGAGCAGGAGAAGGAGGAAGAGGACUGGCUGGACGAGGUGGGCACGCAAGCCAAGCCUGGGAUCGGCAAGACCGCCACGCAGUUGGCCGGGCUGGCCGCGCUGGAGACGGCCUACCGCGCCCGCGGGAUCCGUCUGCGCGCCCUGCCGCCGCAGCACCGCCUCGCGCGCACCGUCGUGCAGAACCAUUUUGCGGUGCUCCUGUCCUUGCUGGAGGCGGCCACGCCAGACACACGGUGGCUCAGCAUUGUCGACGACGACACCUUCUUUCCGUCGCUGUACAAGCUCGACCAAGCGCUCCGCAGGUACGACCACACCCGGUCGACGUGGCUCGGUGCGCUGUCCGAGGACGCCGACGCCUUGGCCCUUUGGGGCCGUAUGGCGUACGGCGGCGCCGGUGCGUUUAUCAGUGUGCCGCUGGCCGAGACGGUUAUGCCCUACAUUGGCGAGUGUCUGCGGCAGGGCCGGCGAGCCGCCUUGGCUGCCCUCGAAGAGGAGGGCAGCAAGCCAACGGCAGCGACAGCGAGAGGACGGUACAGCACGACGACGGGCGACGGUCUUUUGCGGGACUGCAUGGCCCGCCACGCACCGGCGACGCCGCUCACGCUCGUGCCCGGCCUGAACCAGCACGACCUGUACGGCGACGCUGCUGGCUUUUACGAGGCCGGCCUGGCGCCUCUGUCGGUGCACCACUGGCGCAGCUGGUACAAGGCGCCGCUGCCGGCCAUGGCGGCGGUCAUGCGCGUGUGCGGCGACUGCUUUCUGAAACGGUGGACGUGGACGGGGGCCGGCUCCGACCGUGGAGGCGAAGACGACGCCGGCGAUACGCUCUUUGUCAACGGCUACUCAGUGACAAUGUACCGGGCCGGCGUGCACCCCGACUUUCGGCGCAUGGAAGAGACGUGGUCGCAUGCCGGCGACGAAUUUGUUGCUGGCCUGGGCCCGCUGCGGCCGGCCCUGGACGACGCGGACAAGAAGAGCUACCGGCUGCGGGAGGUUGUUGCUGGCGAACACGGCGCCAACAGCGACAGCGACAGCGGCAGCGGCGUCGCCAGUUUCCGCCAGGUUUACGUCUACAAGGGCGCCUUUGGCAACGACGAGCUGGACGAGGUGUUUGAGCUUGUGUGGGACGAAGGGGAAGGAGCGACGUGGAAGUAG